UACAGGAAGUGGUGGUGUAUUUUUUUCAGGCGGUGGUUUAGCGAGCCAAGCUAACUAUAACAAGGUGCAACUACACACAGCAACUGAAGUGAAGCCAGACCCAUAUCAGACUACAGAGAUGAGUCCAUCAGGAACUUGAUACGCCAAUAUGUUGGCUGACAACUUUUUGUUGUUUCAGUGUUCAGUGAUUAGAAAACGACACCGCGGACGAAACAUUAGCUAGGACAACAUCAAGCUGAGUAGCAUGCUGGACGUAGGGAAGUGGCCAGUGUUUGCGCUCCUUCCUCCUGAGGAACUACGGCUUAUUCGGCAGGCUUGUGUUUUUGGCAGUGCUGCAAAUGAAGCCCUCUAUGUCACAGUUAAUGAUGAGGUCUUUGCUCUGGGCACCAACUGCAGCGGCUGUUUGGGGCUCGGAGACCUUCAAAGCACUAUUGAGCCGCGCCGGAUUGAUGUCUUGUGUGGAAAGAAGAUUGAGUCCCUAAGCUAUGGAACAGGGCCGCAUGUUGUUAUCGCAACUGCAGACGGAGAGGUGUUUGCUUGGGGUCAUAAUGGCUACAGCCAGCUGGGCAAUGGGACCACCAACCACGGACUGACCCCUGCCCUGGUUUCCACGAACCUCCUCAGCAAGAGAGUGACAGAGGUAGCCUGUGGCUCCCACCACACUAUUGCCCUUACAACAGAUGGAGAGGUGUACGCAUGGGGUUACAACAACUCAGGCCAAGUAGGUUCGGGGUCCACUGCCAACCAGCCGACACCACGCAGGGUUAGCAGCUGCCUGCAGAACAAAGUGGUGGUUAACGUCGCCUGUGGUCAGCUCUGCUCCAUGGCUGUACUGGACAACGGAGAGAUCUACGGUUGGGGCUACAAUUGCAAUGGACAGCUAGGUUUGGGCAACAAUGGAAAUCAGCAGACCCCGUGCAGGAUCGCUGCUCUCCAAGGUGUCAACAUCGUCCAGGUUGCCUGCGGAUAUGCGCAUACAUUGGCACUUACAGAUGAGGGGAUGGUUUACGCCUGGGGAGCCAACUCGUAUGGGCAGUUGGGAACAGGCAAUAAGAGUAACCAAGCUCUCCCCACGCUAAUAAACACAGACAAGGAGAGGAUGGUGGAGGUGGCUGCAUGUCACACGAGCCACACGUCAGCUGCUAAGACCCAGAGCGGGCAGGUUCUGAUGUGGGGUCAGUGUCGAGGUCAGGCUGUGGCCAGCCCCCACCUCACCCAUUUCAGCAGCACAGAUGAUGUGUUUGCCUGCUUUGCCACACCAGCAGUCACGUGGCACCUCCUCUCAGUAGAUGGCGAUGACUACCUGACUGUUGCCCAGUCUUUGAAGAAGGAGUUUGACAGCCCAGAGAUUUCAGACCUUAAGUUCUUGGUUGAUGGGAAGUGUAUCCAUGUUCACAAAGCCCUGCUGAAAAUCAGAUGUGAGCAUUUCCGUGCACUGCUUAAUGAAACGGAUGAGGAUACCAUAGAAAUUCACCAGUUCUCAUACCUGGUGUACCGAGCCUUUCUGGAGUACCUCUACACAGACACUAUUAACCUGCCACCAGAGGAUGCUAUUGGGUUGCUAGACUUGGCCACGUUCUACCGAGAGAUGAGGCUGAAGAGGUUGUGCCAGGAAACGAUCAAGAGAGGCAUUUCUGAGGAGAACGCCAUCACUCUGCUCUCUGCCGCUGUCAAGUAUGAGGCGCGGGACCUGGAGGAGUUCUGCUUCAAGUUUUGCGUCAACCACCUAACGGCUGUCACGCAGACCCAGGCCUUUGCAGACAUGGACCACGACCUGCUCAAGAACUUCAUUAGUAAAGCCAGCCGCUACGGGGCCUUCAAAAACUGACUAGAGUGCCCCUCUAGUGAUGGAUGCAAGGCGAUGAGGUCUCAGCUCACUGCUGAGAGUCGACCCUAGACCAAAGUAAACACCAGGCUGAUCAGCACUUCAAAGCCUCGUCGCUGGGGAUGUUAACACUGGAGAGGCAAAGAGUUUAAGGUUUCACCCUCUGACUGAUGCGUCUGUGUCACUGCUCUAAACCCAGCCGAAACACAGUAGUUGCUUGGGACGUAAAUAAAGGGCUUGCACUACUCGAGCCGUCACAGGCCAGCAUUGCAAAGAAAGAUGUACCACAGUGGUCGUCUUUGUGUCACUGACAAUAGGCUUGGCUAAUUAGGUGUGGGAUUUGUUUGAUGAAGCUAGUCAACAGACAGAUGGGGUGCCUCUCAGUGACAACCAGCUCAUGCAGGUUGUCUGGAAAUGCUUUAUGCUAAACAUAAUACAUUGCAAUAUAAGGGUUUGGCUUUGUGGUGUAAAUACUUUUUUUUUUCAUCGCGCUGCCCUUUAACAGUUAGUAAUGAUCAAUGCGUAUAUUGAACUGUAGCCAUGACCCUUCACAUUGUGCUGCUUUUCUUUGAAGCCUAGUGUUUAAUAGGGAAAAAAUACAGCUACUCGUGUUUGACACCUCAAAUGAUCAUUUCUGUCAAUGUUAAAUGUUGCCACUUUGUUUUAUAUUGUAGUUAUUCACCUUUGCCAUCCAAACUUGUGGUUACUGAUCGGUGUUUGUACUGACCAACAUUUGCACUGUUGACUGUCGACCACUGUCUGCAGGCUGAUAUGUAAAGGUGCAGUCAGUUAUGAGAGAUAAAGACAUCCUACUGCACAUUUACUUGUGUUCAGAUUAACCCUCUCGGUGCAGCUUGAAACGGUGUCUGACUUACAAAAGCAUAUUGGUUCCCAUGAAGCCUGUCGGAGAUGUUACGCUGUAGGUGCAGCUGAUUUUACAGUUGUGUUUCAUUGCAAUUUGGUAUGUUUACAAAAAUGUGGUUGUUUAUUGUUUUGGGGUUUUUUAUGUUGGCAGCAAACUCCUGGAUCUUUUUACAAGUCUUGCUCUAUAUCUCUCCCCUGGUAGCACCUUGUGGUAAUGAAAUUGUGCUGGCUUUGUGUAAUUGCCAACUGACUUCUGUUGAAUAUAGGCCUAUAGGACCGUAAGGUCUAUAACUGUAGUUACCAGAUCAUUCCACAUUAAAUUUUGAGAUCGUCUAAAUAGAAUGUAACAAAAUGCUUUAACUUUAACAAGCCAAUUAUUGUAUGUUUUGGAACAUUUUGAUAAUUAUUAAAAAUGCCUGCUUGUUCUCAUUUUGUAUGGAAAACGCUGUAAGCUGCUGACGGUGGCACUAAUCGCAACAUUUGAUAAAUUAAAAUGUAUUAAAAUAAGUUACUGCA